AUCUUACACUGUGAUUCGGCGCAACUUGAUAAUUUAUUAAAACCUUUCUUUUAAGGGUACUACUUACAGCCCAUUUAUCGGCUUCCUGGAUAUUAAAGACACGAUUGUAUUUAGUUCAUAUAAAUUCAGAAACCAACAUUUAAAUAAGUUUCAGUUACAGUUAAUUUCAGUUACAGAACAGAUUACUUAAUUUCAUCAUAUACCUACACGGUUUGAUAAAAUAUAGUAAGAAGUAUAUUUGUUUACAUCAUUCACUACGGACGCGACCCAUGUCUUAACCAUGGGCAGUUUACCGAAAACAAUGCGAGCUGUCGGCCUCUAUAAAUAUUUACCGAUAACUGAUGCCAGCAGCCUCCUUGACAUUGAAGUGGGAAUACCGAGUGUUGGGAAAUCAGACGUUUUGGUUGAAGUCAAAGCGACGUCAGUCAAUCCUAUUGAUACCAAGCAACGCGCUCCGAAGCCGAUUGUAGAAGCUACACCUCGUAUAUUGGGAUGGGACGGAGCUGGAGUCGUCGUCGCGAAGGGCGACAGCGCAGACCUGUUCAAUGUCGGCGACGAAGUGUUUUUUACCGGUGACGUGAGAAGAAACGGCUCCAACGCGCAAUAUAUGGCAGUAGACCAGUUCCUAGUCGGCAAGAAACCUAAGAAUUUGUCGUUUGAGCAAGCUGCAGCAGUACCGCUCACUGCGCUGACUGCAGUCGAGACCAUUUUUGACCGCAUGUUAAUAUCAGAGAAGGACAAAGGCAAGUCUUUUCUGGUGAUCAACAGCGCCGGAGGAGUCGGGUCCAUAGCCACGCAGGUCGGCCGGAACCUGGGACUGAAGGUGAUCGGAACAGCGUCACGCCCCGAAACUGAAGCAUUUACUCUAGAACAUGGAGCAGAUGUAGUACUUAACCACAGCAAAGACCUGUUACCCCAGCUGGAAGCUCAUGGUUUAAAAGAUGGAGUUGACUUUAUUUUGGUAAAUUAUGAUCCUGCUCCAUAUUGGAACACUUUAAUGGCCGCAAUAAAAGCUCAGGGUACGAUAUGUCUGAUUGUCGAUAGCAGUGCCCCAGUAGAUAUAAGACCCUUAAAAGACAAAAGCAUCACUCUGGUAUCAGAAAUGAUGUUGACUAGGGUGAAAUAUAAUACCGAUGAUAAGAGAAGGCAGUACGAGAUUUUGAAAGAAGUAUCAGAAUGGCUGGAAGAAGGGAAGUUGAAGAGUGCAUUGACGAAGACGAUGAGCCCGAUCAAUGCGGCGAACUUGCUAGAGGCUCAUAGACUGAUCGAAGACAAACACAUGAUUGGAAAGUUGGUUUUAUCAGGAUUUUAGGAAGUUCUGUAGUCCUUAAACCUGAUUACUCUGAUUAGUAUACUUUGUAAAGCAAUACAUAACGCAGAUUCUAGGUUUUACGAUUAAAUAUUGAAAUCUCAA